ACCCAAUCCCCUCCAUUCCUAAGGUGUAUCCCAACGUAAGGUUCCCCAUGGAAUGUGUCAUCCACAUACUGCUGUGCCUCCCCUUCUAUUGCAUCUGACCAUUCGAGGUAUUGCUGUAAAUGCACAUGGUGCUCCUGUAUGGGGAACCUGGCUGGAGCCCCUUUAAAUGCCAUCACUGGGUGAUCUGCUGGGGGAUACCUGAAGGUAGAUUAACAUUGAGGCCAUAUAUAAGCUGGAGCCCCUUUAAAUGCCAUCACUGGGUGAUCUGCUGGGGGAUACCUGAAGGUAGAUUAACAUUGAGGCCAUAUAUAAGCUGGAGCCCCUUUAAAUGCCAUCACUGGGUGAUCUGCUGGGGGAUACCUGAAGGUAGAUUAACAUUGAGGCCAUAUAUAAGCUGGAGCCCCUUUAAAUGCCAUCACUGGGUGAUCUGCUGGGGGAUACCUGAAGGUAGAUUAACAUUGAGGCCAUAUAUAAGCUGGAGCCCCUUUAAAUGCCAUCACUGGGUGAUCUGCUGGGGGAUACCUGAAGGUAGAUUAACAUUGAGGCCAUAUAUAAGCUGGAGCCCCUUUAAAUGCCAUCACUGGGUGAUCUGCUGGGGGAUACCUGAAGGUAGAUUUACAUUGAGGCCAUAUAUAAGCUGGAGCCCCUUUAAAUGCCAUCACUGGGUGAUCUGCUGGGGGAUACCUAAAGGUAGAUUAACAUUGAGGCCAUAUAUAAGCUGGAGCCCCUUUAAAUGCCAUCACUGGGUGAUCUGCUGGGGGAUACCUAAAGGUAGAUUAACAUUGAGGCCAUAUAUAAGCUGGAGCCCCUUUAAAUGCCAUCACUGGGUGAUCUGCUGGGGGAUAC